AUGAAAGCGCCCAAGCACGACACCGAAGCGCAUCUGGAGCGCACCCGCGCGCGCCUCGCGCGCUUCGGCGUCGACGUGAGGGACGACAAGAAGCGAGGGCGAUGUCUCGUCGCGGCGAAGGAUUUUAAACGAGGCGACCUGGUCCUCGCCAACGCGCCUUACGGACUUCCAGUUCCGAUGGGCGAUCGCUGCGCGGGGUGCUUCAUGAAGGAGGACGACGAUCGCGUCAAGAUGCGCUGCAAGGCGUGCGACAUGGUGUGGUUCUGCUCCGAGCGGUGCAUGGACGGGGCCAUGGACGGCGGGCACGCCGUCGAGUGCGCGGCCAUGCGCCGGUACUUCGCCGACGACCCCGACGACGCCAUCAGGGAAAACGGGUUUGUCCAGUUCUCGGCGCUGCACCGCAACUGCGGCAAGGCAGCGCACCCCGAGGACACCGACGAGCCCUUGGACGACCAUCUCCCGUACCUCGUGCCCACCGCCGCGGACAAGGCCGACACCAUCGCGCGGUGGGCGCUGCACGGGUUCCCGUGGCGGGAGUAUUGCGGCGACUUCGCGGCGGAGGCUACCGCGGGCGCCCGUCGGUGCGGCCUCAUCCCGUCAUCCGCGACGGACGAGACGAUCAAGAAGGAGGUGGUCAGGUCUCGCAUGAACGACUUCUUCAUCCAGCAGUGGCGGGGCGGGGACAUUGACCUCAUGGCGGGGGCGACGUACCCCCUCGGGGCGUUGCUGAACCACAGCUGUGCGCCCACGUGCGUGUGUUCGUACCGGCUGGACAUAUCGGACGCUGUCCAGUACCCGACGUGGAUCCAGGAGUUUCGGUGCGUCGCGGACGUCGGCAAAGGGACGGAGCUGACGCACGCCUACGUGGACGCGUCCGAUUGGUCCAACCACCGCCGCGCGGAGCUGCUGGACAGGUACGGUUUCGUGUGCGAUUGCCCGCGGUGCCCGACGAACGCCGCGGGCGAACCGGUGAAUUCGCCUCCGACGUGCCCGCUCCCGUACUCCAAAUCCGGGGUGGCACCCCCGCUGACGCCGGAGAUGACGCGAAAAGAUCGUGACGCGCAGAUGGCGCGGGUGGUGUGGUGCCAGGAGGCGUGUUGGGCGCAGGUGGCGCUCGAACACGACAAGAGGGCGCACGUCACGGUGAAAAUCGCGGGGGACCUGAUCGCGGCGGCUGAGAGCGCGGAGGAGGUGUCGGUGGAGCGUGCCAAGGCUGAGAAGGCGGCGGACCUGCUUCGCAAGCUGAAGGUCGACCCCGACUCGCACGAGAACUUGCAGAUGACGGAACCCUUCCACCCGUGUCCGACCGUUCCGAUGCGGAUCAGGGCGCUCCAGAUGGCGUCGAACAUGGCGAUGAUCGAGCGAGACUUUGAAUCGUCGCUGAAGCUGGGCGAGGAGCUCUUGGACGUGAUGGAGGCGGGGUACGGCACGAGGUGGCAUGCCAGGAUCGCGAACGAGCUCGUCAGGCUCGGCGGCGUGGCCGGGGACGGGUUGGGAAACGUCCAGUCGGCGGCGGAGAAAUUUCGCGAGGCGCUGGAAAUCGGAGCCGUCGCGUGCGGCGUCGAUUCGUGGGUGUGCGAGAAAGCCAAAGCCGCGCUCGACGCCAUGGGGAAACCUACUGAUUAG